CCGCCGUCGGCGGACGCGCGCCGGGGGUCGCGCGGCUGCUGAGAAGGCCGAGCACGCGCGGAGGGAGUGGAGGCGUAGGGUGGUGGGAGUACGGCUUGCUCGCUCGCAAGAUGGCGGAUGAGGACGGGGAAGGGAUUCACCCCUCAGCCCCUCACAGGAACGGAGGUGGCGGCGGCGGCGGCGGUGGGGGUUCUGGGCUCCACUGCGCCGGGAACGGCGGCGGGGGAGGCGGCGGCCCGCGGGUCGUGCGCAUCGUCAAGUCCGAGUCCGGCUACGGCUUCAACGUGCGGGGCCAAGUGAGCGAGGGCGGGCAACUGCGGAGCAUCAACGGGGAGCUGUACGCGCCGCUGCAGCAUGUGAGCGCCGUGCUGCCCGGGGGGGCGGCCGACCGGGCCGGGGUGCGCAAGGGGGACCGCAUUCUGGAGGUGAACGGCGUGAAUGUUGAGGGGGCGACACACAAGCAGGUGGUGGACCUGAUCCGAGCAGGCGAGAAGGAAUUGAUCUUGACAGUGUUAUCUGUACCUCCUCAUGAGGCAGAUAACCUAGAUCCCAGUGACGACUCGUUGGGACAGUCAUUUUAUGAUUACACAGAAAAGCAAGCAGUGCCCAUAUCGGUCCCCACAUACAAACAUGUGGAGCAGAAUGGUGAGAAGUUUGUGGUAUACAAUGUUUACAUGGCAGGGAGGCAGUUGUGUUCUAAGCGGUACCGGGAGUUUGCCAUCCUACACCAGAACCUGAAGAGAGAAUUUGCCAACUUUACAUUUCCCCGACUUCCAGGGAAGUGGCCAUUCUCUUUAUCAGAACAGCAAUUAGAUGCCCGACGUCGGGGGUUGGAAGAAUAUCUAGAGAAAGUGUGCUCAAUACGAGUCAUUGGUGAAAGUGACAUCAUGCAGGAAUUCCUAUCAGAAUCAGAUGAGAACUACAAUGGUGUGUCUGACGUAGAGCUGAGAGUAGCAUUACCAGAUGGAACAACAGUUACAGUCAGGGUUAAAAAGAACAGUACUACAGACCAAGUAUAUCAGGCUAUUGCAGCAAAGGUUGGCAUGGACAGUACGACAGUGAAUUACUUUGCCUUAUUUGAAGUGAUCAAUCAUUCCUUUGUACGUAAGCUGGCACCUAAUGAAUUUCCUCAUAAACUCUACGUCCAGAAUUACACAUCAGCUGUGCCAGGCACCUGCCUAACCAUUCGAAAGUGGCUUUUUACGACAGAAGAAGAAAUCCUCUUAAAUGACAAUGACCUUGCUGUUACCUACUUCUUUCAUCAGGCUGUUGAUGAUGUGAAAAAAGGUUACAUCAAAGCAGAGGAAAAAUCCUACCAAUUACAGAAGCUGUAUGAACAAAGGAAAAUGGUCAUGUACCUCAACAUGCUAAGGACUUGUGAGGGCUACAAUGAAAUCAUCUUCCCCCACUGUGCCUGCGACUCCAGGAGAAAGGGGCAUGUUAUCACAGCCAUCAGCAUCACGCACUUUAAACUGCAUGCCUGCACUGAAGAAGGACAACUGGAGAACCAGGUAAUAGCAUUUGAAUGGGAUGAGAUGCAACGAUGGGAUACAGAUGAAGAAGGAAUGGCCUUCUGUUUUGAAUAUGCUCGAGGAGAGAAGAAGCCUCGAUGGGUUAAAAUCUUCACACCAUAUUUCAAUUACAUGCAUGAAUGCUUCGAGAGGGUGUUCUGCGAGCUCAAGUGGAGAAAAGAGAACAUUUUCCAGAUGGCGAGGUCACAGCAGAGGGAUGUGGCCACCUAGCCUUUCGUUACCCUCUUCCCUUCUCUUCAUCCUCAUCCUCUUAUCCCUUUCGUCUCCCAUGUCAGACAGAGUAACCAUUAACACAAAAGAAGAGAAAAAGGAAAAAAGUCAUUAUAUUCAAAAGCCCUAAACUAAAUAUUAUUAAUAAUCUCUCUGAAUUUCAUAUCUCUGGAAUUGAGCUGGUAGAGAACAACAGAUGGGUCAGCACCAGGAGUCAACUGAGUUAAGACAGGAAAAGAAAUAAGCCCAACCAACUCGCCAAAGGUAUCUUUGUCUUUUCAUCUGGGCCUCAUACCAACAGACUCUCCUUGUACUAUAUUUUUAGAACUGGAACUAUGAACUCCAUCCAUUUGCACUGUUCAGGCAUAUAUAUGUAUGUAUGUAAAAAUUAUAUAUACACAAAUUAGCUGCACGUAUAUACAUAUAUAUAUAUUUCUUUUUAAAUUUCAUAUUGAUGGCAGUACCUUUUUUAGCUUGUGUUUUUACACACCUUUCACUAGAAUUCAUGACUUCUCUCUUGCUCUCUUUAUUUUGAA